GAGUAUUACUGUAAUUCUCAAGGAGAUAUCCCAUCCAUUAGAUGGAGCUGAGAUUAUUGUGCUGCCAGCUCACUCCAUGUGGAGGGGUUAGCCCAACAAUUGAAUCAUUUUCUGGAGGUGGCAGCCUGGAUAAAAGGUGCACUGACCAGUCACUUACAAAAUUGUAAUGUUUACGCAUUGGACAUCACAUCAGCACAUUAGUACCCGGUGCUGAACUGGCACGAUCAAAAGAGGCGGAAAGAGCAACGCAUCAUCUUCUCCCGUGAUAGAACAUGUGAGCUAGUGUGCGCCUUUGCUUUUGGAAGCGGGUAUUCGACAUGCAUGAGCAUAUAUACAAACCGUAUACAUCUGGUGCCACAUCAAAAGCUGGCAAAUUUUAAGUAGCCCAGCCACGUAACCCCACUUCUAAGAGGCCCUACAACACAAAGUGACAAGCUUCUCCCGUGGACUCAUGUCCAUUCGUGCCAGCUAGAGAGAAUAUGUUGACAAUACACAUGCACUUUAUUUUAUGGUUCACAAGCCAUGCAAUGCAAGCAGCGCGCGCAUCUAGCUAAGCUGGUAGGAGGCACCCAGCAGUUUCCACCAGUCCGCCACUGGACACGCAUGCGGUUGGACGUACGACCUGCCAACUAAUCCUCUCGCGGGUCACGUUGUGUAUCUACUACACGGCUGGUGAGCUAGACGCCCCCUCCUCUCCCUCACGAGUCGUGACCCUCAGUUCCUCAUCAUAUUCACCACGAUCCCGACGUUGCACUUGCACGAAUCACGCACCUGACGGCGACACCCGCGAUCUAGCUGCCCAGGCGCCGGCACAUGGCGCCUCACGGUCACGGCCCGGACAGUGAAACGGCGGCGCCCGAGUGGCGCGGCACCGUGCGCGCCGCGGCGGCGGGGCCGACGCCCGACCAGGCGUGGGCCCUGCUGGGAGACUUCUGCUCCCUCGACAAGUGGGUGUCGCUGGUGCAGACGUGCCGGAGGCUGGAGGGCGACGACGGCCGGCCCGGGUGCGUCCGGUACUGCGCGGGGCCGGUGAACAUGGCGGCGCCGGGGGAGGCGGUCGGCUGGUCCAAGGAGCGGCUCCUCGAGGUCGACGCCGCGGGGCGGUCCUACAGCUACGAGGUGGUGGAGACCAACAAGGGGUUCGGCCGGUACCGGGCGACCAUCGGCGUGGAGCCCGACCCGGCCGGGUGCGCGGUCAGGUGGUCGUUCGAGGCUGAUCCCGUCGAGGGGUGGACGCUGGAAGGCUUCGUGGGUUUCCUGGAGAAGCUCGCGCAUGGCGUCGCCAAGAGGCUCGAAGAGGAGAUCAUGGCGAACGUCGAUGGUGAUCCUGCUGCUUUGCGAGUAUUUUGAUCUUGAUUUCCGCUUGUCCUAGUGAUACUGGCGACAGUAUGUUCGAUCACAAGUCCAUGCCCUUUUGAUUCAAAGCAAUUUCAUGGAAAUUUUGGAGAACUUUACUUGGAAAAUUUUCUUCUA